CUUAUUUUCUAGAAAUAAGAAUUAGGACACCCUCAACUCUAAUAACAAAAAACAAUCUUUCCCAAUAAUCGCACUGGCGACAUUCUUUCCCAGUACACCAAGCUAAAAAGUUAAUUAUAUGAAUACUGUUUCCUUACACUUGAACAUUCUUUGCUCUUGAACACCAUAAUGAUUCUUGCGCAGCAAAUGCAACAUGCCGUCGCAAGACUAUCAACCCUUCCGGUAGUACGCGACCUAGAAGAGCUGGGGCGCGAUAACGCUACUCUAUUCCAAACGAAAUGUAUUCCAAACUCCGGACGUCAGAAUGACGCGACUAUUUCUGCGUAGGGGGGCGGGAACCUGCGACGUUUUUUAAUCUGCCCAAUCAGCAACCUCCAUCGUUGCCGGAAGCAUGUUUUGCUUGUUUUUUACUUGCAAAGGGGCCGUAUAGCAAAUAACAUUUAGAUAUAACCACCUAAUAAAAGAACAAUUGUAUGUCGCUGAGAGCAACAUUCUUUUGUAAUCUUUUGACGCAAGAUAAGUUGAAGCGCGCUUGAAAGUAAACACAAAUAUUUUAAUUUUUCGAGUCAUAGCCACACAUGUGCCAAUUCCGCAUCCAAUCCAUGUCGCUUCGCACACGUCAGAUGGCUACGUGAAAACAGCUGAUCGGUUCUGUGGGCCGCACUUGGUGUAUGUCUCCCCGUAACGCUGCCCGAUUAGAUGAAAUCUCGGCGUCCCAGAUGUACUUUCGCCCGAGAAUAAUUUUGGAAGCUGUGAACAUAAUGGAGACUGUGAAAGCGUAGUGCUCGGUGAGUAAACACAUCAUUCUUUCUUGUGCUUAAUUACUGAGCAGUAGCAUAUGAACAUCUGCGGUGAUCGCAUGGUGCUCACUUUUGCUUUUAUUCACAUAGGAUACGGAAGAAUCGAUGAAGGUUAGAAGGCAUCUCAACAGAUAGCUGGUAAGUAAACGUUUUCUCUAAACGAUCGUAGCUAUCUCCGAAUGUAGGUCCUGAUUUAAAUAGAAGGUGGUCUGUAACAGAGGCUGUUUUUUUUCUACCACACACUACUGCGCAGUGAUAGAUUCCCCCUGCGGGCGGUACAGGUAUGCUGGAUAUAACUCACGAGAAAAGGUUAUUUUUCUUCUUGUUCAAUUGUGUUAAAUUUAACGUAACACUUAUGUCGUGAUAAAAUAACACAAUAAAGAAAUGUAACCGUUAUGUUUUAACGGCAUAGUCAUAUCUCAAACGGUGCGAUUUGCUGCUAUUAAUUCGCUGCAGUCCGGCGAAAAUUGAGAGCGAAGAAGAAAUGGUGGCUCAACCGAAAAGCGCGGGCGUUUCGGCCGCGCAGGCCACUAUGUUGGUUCAAUUCAUAGAUCAGCAUCCAUACUUGGCGAGAGGCGCCACAAGCCUUUCGCCAAGUAUCAGUGCUGCUAAAAAGAAAGCACUCUGGGAGGAAGUCGCCGCGGCGCUCAACGCGAUCGGUCCGGCAGUCAAAACAGCCCGGCGCUGGCGCCUGUAUUGGGCCCGGCUGUGCUACGACUGCCGGAGGAUUGCGGCCCAGGUGGGUGCCGAGAUGAGGAAAACGGGAGGCGGAAAGGUGGGCGGUCUAGAAGGCCGCGUGCUUGACGUGCAUGAGCGAACCGGCCCAGCUUCCGCUCCUGUGGACUUUUUCGGCGACAACGCCGAGCAGGACAACUUCAGUGAGGAGGAGCCUGCACCUCUGCCCCCUGCCCCACCAGCAGCUGCUCACGUUUCCGUCGGGACGGAGCCGGGGACAAGUGGCACUGCACGACCAUCAGCUCGGCAGCAGCCCCGCAGGCCACCCCGCCAACAGCUGCUGGAGGACGCGGCCUGCAGUGCAGCCGCCGAUAAUGCGCGGCAGGGGCAUCUAGCUGAGCCGGCAAAUGCGGAGGCCGCCAACUUCCACCAGCUGUUGCUGCAGCAAAAUAGGCAGCAUCACCAGCAGCUGGUGGUAGAGCAGAGGGCGACCCGGCAGGUCCUGCAGCAGCUGGCAGCUGAGAUGCGUGGUUCGCGAGAGGCCACUAGUCUCAUCGCAACCACGCUGCGCCAGCUCCUGGCUGCCCUGGCUCACCUCCGCGAGCCGCCUCAGCCAUGAGGGACAGUUUUUUUUCCCAUAUCCUUUAGUGCUAGUGGGUACAAGUGUUGCCUAUCUUUCCGUUCAAAUCACCGAUGCAGCAUUUGGUGGUGGUGCCCAUACGUCCUCGGAAGCUGUUGUGCCGCCGAGUUGUAGCCAGUCUUGUGAACUGAUGUGCAGGUCAUGCGUGCCCAUGGUAGCUAAGACUGAUAGUGCUGUGAUGUCACUUGAAACACGAAUGCAUGUUUUUUUUUUUUUUUUGGUAUGUAGCACUAAAGGAUGAUAUGAUUGUUUUCCGUACAUUUCGGUCGCUAAUCAUAUUUUUUGCAAGAUAAUUUCUCUUAUGUGUAUUUUGAUUUGUAGUGAAAGUUUGCCCAAGUGAGGCAUUAUAUAACUUAUAUGUAGAAUUUUUGCAUUUCUGUUCCUAACCGUAUUUUUUCCGCAAGUUCAUUUCUUUUCGUGCGUAUUUUUAUUUGACCAAGUGAGACGGUAUAACUUAUAUGUACAAUUUUCGCCAUAUUUUCGUUAGGUGUUGUUCGCUUUUGUUUUGCUGUUACUGAUAUGUUUCAAUGUGCACCGUUCUUCCACGGAAGAUACACUAUGCAAUCACUUUUACGGCAACUGCGACAUUGUCUCGCACACAUACAGGUUCACUUAACUACAAUGCUGUGAUAACUGGAAAUCAAUUUUCAUGCCAUAUGUAUGUCAUGUUUGCAAUGUCAAACCAUUCGUGCCUACGCAAAGUGGCCGAAUUGGUAUUUUUGUUAACACCAAGAGCCUGUUACUUGUGAUAGUUAUUGUGAUAUUUCAGGUGUCCUUACCUAUGAUAGCAAUACAAUCUAGUCCUCGUUGUAGUUGAGCACAGUUUGCGACAUACGUAACGGAGCCAUCAAUGUGGCCGCUAUUUUGACAUUCACUGCCAGGCUGCUCUAGCAGCCGUUAUAUGAAAUACCAUUGAAGAGCCAAGCAUUUUCUCACUUGUCGUUCCUUAAAAGCAUGUCAUGGGUGUUUUAUAUUGUGAUCUUAUUACGGCACUAGUCAUUGAAAAGAAACUGUUUUGUACUACAAACAUGCCAACUACAUAAUAGAAAAAGGCACCUUUUUUGCUGUUAAGUUGCUGGAUGAAGAUAAAUGGUUGUCCGCGAGUUAAAAAAAAAAACAUUAUGCUCGUGUCAUAUUUAUGCAAUUUGACAUCUGCCAACGGCCCAUUGGUAGUGUACUGGGUCCCAUGUAGUGAAGAUCACACGGCUAUUUUGGCGCCCUGAAGCCAUGCUCUUUGUACUUGUCUGUCAUUUGCUUUGAUGAAAGAUGGCAUUGAAGAUGGAUCACAUGGUUUUAUUUACAAUGCAGAUAUAAAUAAACGAUUUCCAACAAUGCAACUGGCACUUGAAAUGAAUAUUUACAAUUCGUGUUCCUUCAAUUUCGGAACUAUUUACACUAUUUCUCCCUUGAGAAUAAUGCGCUUGACAUGCGAGGCGAUAGUUUUCGGCACAACUUGGCCUUCUGUCAAGGAACUGUGCGGUGGCUGUGUGGCAAAACAGCGCAGGGCCUACAAGGUGCGUGAGAACAGUACACAUGGUGGAGCGAGAAGUGUUGUGCUUGGCAGCAGCCCAAAUAGGAAGCGAGGAGACGAAGACCAGCCUCCCAUGCACAGUGCAGAUGGCGGUGACAGUGUCGGUGAUGAGAGAAGCAACAGCAGCAGUAGCAAAUCAUUUGGCGAACCCCAGCUGCCCAGAGAAGUGGCUACAGCAUUCUGCUCAUGAACACAGUGUUCUAUCCAA